ACAUUUAACGAAAAUACAAAGUUUUCAGAAAAAAAUUUCAAUUUUGCACUUAAAUAAAUUUAAAAAAAAAGUGAAACUUAAAAAUUAUAAAGUAAACAAAUAUAAAUCAAGAAACUAUUCUUUAAAUUAGAAUUGACUUUAACAAAAAUUCAUAAAUCUUCUAUCUUGAAAUGGAUCAACAAAAUCAAAAUUUUGAUAAUAUCCGGGAAGAAUUGAAAAGACUUAUUAAACAAAGCGAAAAUCAAAACCCCGACCUUACAUUACCAGCUGAUGAUCAAAAAAACCAAAUAGCUACCCAUUUUGACAGUAACAUUCAUCCCGACACAACCACUCCCUACUCAAUCGAUGAAGGCAUUCAAAAAAUCCGCUCUGAACUCAAAGAAAGUUGUCAACUAUUCCAAACUGCUGGCGAAGCAUUUGAAUCGAUAAAUUUCAAUUCUUUAAAACAUCGAAUAAGGGAUUUACAUUUAACAGCUAGUCAGUCAGAAAUGGAUGUGGUUAUGGAAGAGAAAAAUGUUGAUCAAAAAUUGAACAAACUUACUAAUAUAAUGGGUUAUAAGUUUCGACAACAUCCAGGUGAAUUUGGGGACAUACCAGAGUUGAGUAGCUUUUUUAAGGCAUGCAGUCAACUUCAACAUGGAUUGGAAAAACUCAAAAGACAUCGCUGUGAAAUGGACGAGCUUGGAAAUCAAACAAAUUUGGCUACAAAUGAAUCAAGGCAAAGGAUAGAAGAGAUUCAAAAGAUUCUCAAGAAAGACUAAAUGAUAUAUUGAAAGAAAGUUCCAAUACUAGCGGUCGUUGACUUCUUUUUAUAUAUAUUUUUUUAACACUAUUAAUAGCUGCAUUUGGGUAGAAUACAGAACAAAGAAAGUAUGACAAAAGACUCAUCAAUUUUUCAGAAAAAAAAAUAUCAACGUUCUUUACUUCACCCGAGACCAGAAUACAAAUACAAAAUAAAUAAAAUUGACCUGAAACACCUUA